UAAGUUUUAAAAUUUUGUAUGACAAUUGGAGGGGAUAAAUGGCUAGAGAUGGUUGUGGUGAGUGGCGAUUAAUUAAAAAAUUAUAAUAACUCUCACUCUUCAGUCUGCAAUAAACUAUACGUGCCCCACCCUCUUUUUUAUUUCGUCUGAGGAUUUUUAUUGGAUUGAGUGGGCGAUGGAUCGACAAACCGGACGGCCUGACUUGACGGCGGUGCAGUCAGAUGCAGCCGUUAUGGUGGCGGUGCAUGACGGCGAAACCAUUAACAAUGACCAAAAGGACACUAGCCGAUGGGAGACGUUGGUACUUGCAUACAAAACCUUAGGAGUUGUUUUUGGGGGUCUUGUGACAUCUCCACUCUAUGUAUAUCCAUCAAUGCCAUUAAACUCUCCAACUGAGGAUGAUUACUUGGGGAUAUACAGCAUAAUGUUUUGGACUCUAAGUCUGAUUGGUGUUGUCAAAUAUGCUACCAUAGCUCUCCAAGCUGAUGAUCAGGGUGAAGGUGGAACGUUUGCUCUUUAUUCAUUACUUUGCAGGAAUAUAAAUAUUGGGAUUCUUUCUUCAAAUAGUGCCAGUUUGAAUUCAAGCCAUUCCUAUGUUAACCAAUCGAAAAAGCCAAGUAGGUUGGGUAAAUUUUGUGAGAGGAGUUUGAUUGCCAGAAGGGUACUGCUUUUCAUCGCAAUGUUGGGUACGUGCAUGCUUAUUGGCGAUGGCAUACUUACACCUGCCAUCUCAGUGUUGUCUGCAAUGGAUGGCUUAAGAGCACGAUUCUCCUCGGUCAGUAAAUCGUUGGUCGAAGGUCUCUCAGCAAUCGUUCUCAUUGUUCUAUUCCUCCUGCAAAAAUUUGGUACUUCACGAGUGAGCUUCCUGUUCUCUCCUAUCAUGGGUGCAUGGACUCUUACCACUCCUCUCGUUGGGAUAUACAGUAUCAUAAAGCAUUAUCCGAGCAUAUUUAAGGCAAUAUCACCCCAUUACAUUGUCCUCUUCUUCUUAAGAAAUGGAAAACAAGGAUGGAUAUAUCUUGGUGGUACUGUCCUAUGCAUUACAGGUUCUGAAGCAAUGUUUGCUGAUCUUGGUCAUUUCAACAGGAGUUCAAUUCGGAUAGCAUUUUUCUGUACUAUAUAUCCAUCAUUGGUGCUGACAUAUGCAGGACAGACGGCAUAUCUGAUUAGAAAUCCCGAUGACCAUUUUGAUGGAUUUUACAAGUUUAUACCAUCUGCUGUGUACUGGCCAAUUUUUGUGAUAGCCACAUUAGCUGCAAUAGUUGCAAGUCAGUCUCUGAUUUCAGCCACCUUUUCGGUUAUUAAGCAGUCAGUUGUGUUGGAUUAUUUUCCUCGGGUGAAGGUAGUUCACACAUCCUCCAGCAAAGAAGGCGAGGUUUACUCACCAGAAGUUAACUACAUCCUCAUGAUUCUCUGUGUUGCAGUCAUACUAGUUUUCGGAGAUGGACAAGACAUCGGAAAUGCCUUCGGUAAGAUUCUCUAAACCCUCUGCUUUUAAUCUCUCAUUCUUAGGGACUAUCUUAACUGAAUUGAUCCCUUUAUGGAAGUUAUCUUUCACUCGACUCCUCUUCGUAGGAUGGUGGUUGUUAACAUCGACUACUAGCAUUUUCUUUACCUAAUUUACUGCUACUUGGUGAUGACUUGCUUACUUUAAGGGGUACCUGGUGUAAUGCAUUGAGCUAAACAAAUUGUGAACCGGAAUUUUCUCAUU